GUUGUAUUCACACAACAAGCAAAGACACAGCUUUAUUGUAUUUCGCACUUUUGUCUCUGAGAGAGGUUCUUACUGUUUUCGGCAACAAGCUUCAUCUUUGAAGAAGAAUGGAUCAUCAAGGACAUAAUCAGAAUCCGCAAAUGGGGGUUGUCGGUAGUGGAGGUCAAAUGCCGUACGGUUCUAACCCAUAUCAGUCAAACCAAAUGACUGGAGCCCCAGGAUCAGUUGUUACGUCAGUCGGGGGCAUGCAAUCCACCGGUCAACCUGCUGGAGGUCAGAUGGGUCAACAUCAACUUGCUUAUCAGCAUAUUCAUCAGCAGCAACAACAGCAACUUCAGCAACAGCUGCAAGCCUUUUGGGCAAAUCAGUAUCAGGAAAUUGAAAAGGUUACUGAUUUUAAGAACCACAGCCUUCCCUUGGCAAGGAUAAAAAAGAUUAUGAAGGCUGAUGAGGAUGUUAGAAUGAUAUCUGCUGAGGCACCAGUCAUAUUUGCAAGGGCCUGUGAGAUGUUUAUAUUGGAGUUAACUCUGCGUUCUUGGAACCACACUGAAGAGAACAAAAGGAGGACACUUCAGAAGAAUGAUAUUGCUGCUGCAAUCACAAGGACUGAUAUCUUUGAUUUCCUUGUUGACAUUGUUCCCCGGGAGGACCUGAAAGAUGAAGUGCUGGCAUCGAUUCCAAGGGGAACAAUGCCUGUUGGUGGGCCUGCUGAUGCUCUUCCAUACUGCUACAUGCCACCUCAGCAUGCCUCUCAAGUUGGACCUACCGGUGUCAUAAUGGGCAAGCCUGUGAUGGACCCGAAUAUGUAUGCUCAGCAGCCUCAUCCCUACAUGGCACCACAAAUGUGGCCACAGCCUUCAGACCAGCGACCACCAUCUCCAGAUCACUAGACGCUGCUUUGUGGACGUUAAAGAUUGCCGGGAACUGUAAUGUGGUGGGUGUGAAACAUUGAAUCAAGGUCCAAUGGUGCGACCAGAAGCUGGAGCUGAUAGUUUACUUGCAUUGCAAGACUAUUAUGUGUAGAUAUUAAGUCAUUAAAAACUUAUCUUUAUGUUUAAUUAAGUUGGGUUAAAUGUUAAUUUUCAGUGUUUAAUUUUAUUAUUAUGGUCUUCAGAUGAUAUAUAAUAUGUACCAAAAUUUAUCUUAUUUGUGUUGUGCAAAAUUGCAUGCCCUUUGCAUA